UUAGCAGCCAUCUUUCUUUCUGCUUCUGUCAUUUACGUGAUCCGUGUGGUUAUUUAGGUUAGAUUUGCUUUAAAAUUAAACAUUAUUUAACAAAAACGAUCCUAACCGUUUCGAAAUAGUGUAUUUUCCCGAUUUUUUUCCAGAUACAAAAUGCAAAACGACGCUGGUGAAUUUGUUGACUUGUACUGCCCGAGGAAAUGCUCGGCCAGCAACCGUCUCAUCCACGCCAAGGACCAUGCGUCUGUGCAGCUUGUGAUCGCUGACGUCGACCCAGCGACCGGCCGCGCUGCCGACACCUCCAAGAUGUACGUCAUCUGCGGAGCCAUCAGGCGGAUGGGAGAGUCGGAUGAUUGUAUAGUCAGACUCACUAAGAAAGACGGCAUAUUGAUCAAGAACUACUGAUGAUGUAGUUAUGUAAGAAGCGCUAUUUUGUAAGACAAAAUAAAAAAAA